CUUGCGAGAAGCGUUUGAGAAAAGCUCCAUGGAAAUGUGUGAGCGGAAUCCUUUAAAUCCCGGCUAUGUUGGUUCUCUUUUGAAUUUUACCUCCUCUGAGUCGCUGUAUUUCUCCAACUUGCGGGGUAAUGGAGCACACAUACCCGGGCUGCACCAGCUCCCCUACAAUAGGAGAGACGUGUGCACGCUCCCAUGGGCUUCUUCAAGUGCGUGCACGUCUGGACCGACGGCACCACCUCAGAGUCGCGCCUUUGGAGGCUACUGUCCUCCGUUUCUUUCCAACUCGGUGUCUAUAAAUACUAACUCUUCCAGCGGCCACGCCAAGGCGCAUCUGGAUCAGUCGGCCAGAUGCUUCCAGGUCACAAACCAUAAGACAGAGGAGUCUGCCAGGCGGGAUGAGUUUUACUCGGGGCAGCCCGGGGCCGCCGGUGACCGCGGCUUCUCGGACCCGGACAGUCGGUCUCACGGUUCCGCGGCCCGCCUCGAUCGGGAUUCAGCGGAUCCGUUGUCCGUGAACGACACCAAACAGGAGCAGAAUCCCCCUCACCCAUCAUCUAGUCACACAUGCUCGAGGACGACUUUUGCAGAAGCUGCGCCGUGGUGCUCGUCGCAGGUGAAAACCAGAAAGAAGAGAAAACCUUACACGAAGCUACAGCUGGCUGAACUUGAGAAUGAAUUCAUGAUGAACGAAUUCAUCAACAGACAAAAACGCAAGGAUUUGUCAGAAAGACUGGACCUGAGUGACCAACAAGUGAAAAUAUGGUUUCAGAACCGGAGGAUGAAGAAGAAACGAAUGAUGAUGCGCGAGCAUGUUUUCUCCGCAUACUGAUGCCCCCUUGGACUUGAUCGUGACAAAGAAUUCGAGUCGCACUCUUGAUGUGCAGCACGUCACAUGCUCUGGACACACACCUUUUGGUUUGUGCCAUGGACCCGUAUUUAUAGAUAUGUAAAAAAAGCAUUACAUUUGUGUCGAGCUAUAUGGUGCCAUUAUAUGCAAUGAUAGUAAAAGACGUGGUGCGUGGCGGAGAGACAUGAUCCUUCCCAAUUGGUCUUUGGUAAAAAGAUUCCCCAAAUCCGCAAUAGGUUCUGGCUCCUGAUUGGCUUUUAACAGCGGCCCAUGAUACACCUUUAUACAUUAUUUAUCAUCAAGCUCAAAAUGAUAUGAAAACUGAACUUUUUGAAUAUCUGAACAAGUAUAUUGGUCUGCCUGUUUGUGUAUUUUGUGUAAUUUCCUGUUCAUGCGGUUCGGGCCCAUUGUGGAAGCAAACAGUCAAGUUCAUGUUUACGUUUACGGACAGAUAAAAGAUUAACAAGUCAGUAUUACGAAAUAUGUUAUUAUUGCAUGUCUAUUUCCUAAUUAUUCUUAAAUUGAAUUCAGUUAUUCUCUUGAAUGUAAACUGAAUGAGAAAAAAGUGAACUUGUGUUGUUCUAUAUGGCGGUGUAAACAUUCAAUCAGUUCAUUCUGUGCGAACGUGUUUACUUCCAGUGCAAAAGAAACAUCUAAUCCAAUAUAAUCGUGGAUUUUUGUUGUCAGACCUGGUUUUGUGUUGCUAUCCGGACAGAAUUUCAGAUCCUUCCCCUUUGCUCUAAUUCUGUCGGAUGGAAUAGACCGUGAAAUAAAACGCGUUAUUUGUAAGAAUUUGAGCAUCCAUCAUUUUACGCAUGCACGGACAAAUGUUUUGUAAAAUGGACGUGAUUAAAGAUGAAUAUAUUUGUAAAUAAAGAUGCUUUUUAAAUCAGCCCAAAACAAGUUGUAUCUUG